AAAAGCGGGGAUUUCUCUGUUGCGCAUGUGCGCGCUCUCAGCCUGAUGGGAGUUGUAGUUCUGCGGGUGAAGCCCGACGUUACUAUCAAGAAACCAAACUGCAAGCUCUGGGAGUUGUUCGCUGUCCCUACCCUGCUCUGCCAGGGAGAGAACGCCAGAGGGAGGCGGCUGGCCCGGCGACAGGCUCUCAAAACCGCUACCAGCGAUGCUACUGCUGUGGGUGUCGCUGGUCGCAGUCUCGGCGCUAGCGGUACAGGCCCCCGGAGCAGGGGAGCAGAGGCGGGGAGCAGCCAAAGUGCCCAACGUGGUGCUGGUCGUAAGCGACUCCUUUGAUGGAAGGUUAACAUUUCAUCCAGGAAGUCAGGUAGUGAAACUUCCUUUUAUCAACUUUAUGAAGGCACGUGGGACUUCCUUUCUAAAUGCCUACACAAAUUCUCCGAUUUGUUGCCCAUCACGCGCAGCAAUGUGGAGUGGACUCUUCACUCACUUAACAGAAUCUUGGAAUAAUUUUAAGGGUCUAGAUCCAAAUUAUACAACAUGGAUGGAUGUCAUGGAGAGGCAUGGCUACCGAACACAGAAAUUCGGGAAACUGGACUAUACUUCAGGACAUCACUCCAUUAGUAAUCGUGUGGAAGCAUGGACAAGAGAUGUUGCUUUCUUACUCAGACAAGAAGGCAGACCCAUGGUUAAUCUUAUCCAUAAUAGGACUAAAGUCAGAGUGAUGGAAAGGGAUUGGCAGAAUACAGACAAAGCAAUAAAUUGGUUAAGAAAGGAAGCAAUUAAUUACACUGAACCAUUUGUUCUUUACUUGGGAUUAAAUUUACCACACCCUUACCCUUCACCAUCUUCUGGAGAAAAUUUUGGAUCUUCAACAUUUCACACAUCUCUUUAUUGGCUUGGAAAAGUGUCUCGUGAUGCUAUCAAAAUCCCAAAGUGGUCACCUUUGUCAGAAAUGCACCCUGUAGAUUAUUACUCUUCUUAUACAAAAAACUGCACUGGAAGAUUUACAGAAAAAGAAAUUAAGAAUAUUAGAGCAUUUUAUUAUGCUAUGUGUGCUGAGACAGAUGCCAUGCUCGGUGAAAUUAUUUUGGCCCUUCAUCAAUUAGAUCUUCUUCAGAAAACUAUUGUCAUAUACUCCUCAGAUCAUGGAGAGCUGGCCAUGGAACAUCGACAGUUUUAUAAAAUGAGCAUGUAUGAGGCCAGUGCACAUGUUCCGCUUUUGAUGAUGGGGCCAGGAAUUAAAGUCAACCUUCAGGUAUCAAAUGUGGUUUCUCUUGUGGAUAUUUACCCUACCAUGCUUGAUAUUGCUGGAAUUCGUCUGCCUCAGAACCUGAGUGGAUAUUCUUUGUUGCCAUUAUCAUCAGAAACAUUUAAGAAUGAACAUAAACUCAAAAACCUGCAUCCGCCCUGGAUUCUAAGUGAAUUCCAUGGAUGUAAUGUGAAUGCCUCCACCUACAUGCUUCGAACUAACCACUGGAAGUAUAUAGCCUACUCGGAUGGUGCUUCAGUAUUGCCUCAACUCUUUGAUCUUUCCUCAGAUCCAGAUGAAUUAACAAAUGUUGCUGUAAAAUUUCCAGAAAUUACUUAUUCUUUGGAUCAGAAGCUUCGUUCCAUUAUAAACUACCCUAAAGUUUCUGCUUCUGUCCACCAGUAUAAUAAAGAGCAGUUUAUCAAGUGGAAACAAAGUAUAGGACAGAAUUAUUCAAACGUUAUUGCAAAUCUUAGGUGGCAUCAGGACUGGCAGAAAGAACCAAGGAAGUAUGAAAGUGCAAUCGAUCAGUGGCUUAAAACGCGUAUGAAUCCAAGAGCAGUUUGAACAAAAAGUUUAAAAAUAAUGUUCUAGAGAUACAUAUAUAUCACAAGAUCAUAAUUAUGUAUUUUAAAUGAAACAGUUUUAAUAAUUACCAAGUUUUGGCCAGGUGCAGUGGCUCACACCUGUAAUCCUAGGACUUUGGGAGGCAGAGGCAGGCAGAUCACAAGGUCAAGAGAUCAAGACCAUCUUGGCCAACAUGGUGAAACCCCGUCUCUACUAAAAAUACAAAAAUUAGCUGGGCAUGGUGGCACACACCUGUAGUCUCAGCUACUCAGGUGGCUGAGGCAGGAGGAUCACUUGAACCCGGGAGGCAGCGGUUGCAGUGAGCUGAGAUCGCACCACUGUACUCCAGCCUGGCGACAGAGUGAGACUCCAUGUCAAAUAAAUAAAAAUAAAAUAAUAAUAAUUACCAAUUUUUCAUUACUUUGUAAGAAUGUAGUGUAUUUUAAGAUAAAAUGCCAAUGAUUAUAAAAUCACGUAUUUUCAAAAAUGGUUAUUAUGUAUACCUUUGUAUAACUUCUAACAAUUUAGUGGAAGUAUCAAAAGGAUUGAAGCAAAUACUGUAACAGUUAUAUUCCUUUAAAUAAUAGAGAAUAUAAAAUAUUGUAAUAGUAAUAAUAUUUAUCAUAAAACAGUUGUGUGUGAGCAUUUGAUGGUGCUUGAUGAGUUAUUUGUAUUUGAUGGGACUGUUUGGAUGUAUUUCAUGGGAGUAUCUGGAGUAUUUAACGGGAUGUAAACCCUGGAUGUACCUGAUUUUACUACUGUUUUUUUUUUUAAUAGGUAAUAUAUAUACAGGGUAAAAACUUCAAAUGGUACAAAAGGGUUAACAGUGAUCAUGAAGUCUCUAUCCUUUCUGUCUUCCCUGCCAUCCAGUUCCCCCUCCAAGAAGCAAGUACUGAAACCACCUGCUUACACAUUUUUAGAGAUUGGCCACAAAUUUAUAACCAAAUGUAUAUAUUCCUUUCCCCCUACGCAAAUGGUAACAUACUGCACACAUUGUUCUGCGUGUUGCUGCUUUUUCCUUUUUUUUUUUUCACUUAACAGUAGAUAUCUAGAGGUGAAAUUACUGAGUCAAGACUAUAUUUAGCAAAAUUACACUAGAUACUACAUAUUACCUCUAAAGAAGGUAUACUAACUGAUAAUCUCACCAUCAAUGCACGUCUUCUUAUCCUUUGCCAAAUAUUCUGUUUUUAUUUUUCUUAUGAUGAGUAAGGUAGAUCAUAUUUUCAUGUAUUUAACAGCCAUUGGAAUCUGCUUUACCAUGGCCUUUCCUAUUUCUAUUCUUUGCCUAUUUUUCUGUUGGUUGUUGGUCUUUGUUUUGUAUUACAGGCGUGCUUUAGAUAUUAGCUUUUUGUAAGAGAUCCUGCAAAUAUUUUCUUUCCAGUUUGUCAUUGUCAGUUGUCUUCUGACUUUGUUCUGAUAUUUUUUGACACGUAGAAAUUUUUAUUUUCAUGUAAGCAAAUUUAUGAAUCUUUGUACCCCAUAAGUAUAUACAAUUAUGAUUUGCCAAUUAAAAAUAUUA